UCAAGGUCUCUUAUUGUCACUCUGGUGUAUUAUUCAAAUCUGCCGACUAACUAUCGUCUUCGGGUUUGUUGAAAAUGAGUGAUGGUGAUUUCAUUCCUGAAUAUAAAUCAACCGAUAUCGCCAUUAAGUUAUCUAAUGAAUUUCAUCACACUUUUGGUACAGAAUGCAGUUUUGUAGUUCGAGCUCCUGGUCGAGUAAAUCUUAUUGGUGAACAUAUUGAUUAUAAUGGUUAUCCUGUACUACCGAUGGCGUUAGAACAAGCAGUUUAUAUGUCUGUAGGUCCAACAUCUGGAUCUGAUUUGGAUAGGAUCGUUCUUAGAAGCACAGAUGCUCAAUACAGGCCUAUUAAAAUUCCGAUUACAGAAGCCAUAACAUUUGGUUGCGAAGGAUCGCCUGACUCGCCUGAGUGGUUUCAUUAUUUUCAGUGCGCGUAUCGAGGAAUAAAAGACUAUGUAGACAAGUUGAAUUUGGAUUGGACUCCUCCUAGUCUAAAUGUACUAGUUGGUGAUGUUGAAUAUGGUGGUUUAUGGCCAGCUGCUGGUCUUUCAAGCAGUAGCGCUUUCGUAGUUGCUUCUGCCAUAGCAAUUAUGCGAAUAUCUGGUUUACAAAUAAGUAGACAUGAAUUAGCAAGUUUAUGUGCGAAAUGUGAGCAAUAUAUUGGUAUACAAGGUGGUGGAAUGGAUCAAGCUGCAAGUGUUCUUGCAGUUGAAAAUAAUGCUUUAAUGAUUGAGUUUACCAAACCAUUUGUCACAGUCAGUCCUAUUCAAUUACCGUCUGAUAUGGUUUUUGUGAUAGCUCAUUCGGGUGUACACGCUCGCAAAGCUGCUACAUCAUAUUAUAACGAACGUGUGGCAGAAUGUCGAUUAGCUGCUAAAAUAUUAGUUCGAAAUAGCCCGCAUAUAACUGAACCUUCUAAUUAUUCAUCCAUUACACCCUUAUGUCUCAGUGAUGCACAAAAGUUGUGGAAAGCAGUUUCACCUGAUGAAAUGAUACGCAUUCAAAAGGAUGGAUUAUCAAUUGUAACUAGAUAUCUACCAACUGGUAUUACUAGUCGAGAAAAUCUCUGUAAUUUAGGCUUGACUAGUCCAAUUAUUGAAGGGUGCUUAACAGAAAAUACUAAAACAAUGAACCACUUUUAUUUAAGAGAUCGUGCAGAACAUGUAUAUUCUGAGGCUGAACGGGUUUUUAAAUUUUACAAUAUAUGCAAAAAGAUAUUUAGUAAUAGUGAUUCACAAAUGAAUUCAAAUAAUUAUAUGCAGUUGUUAGGAGAUUUAAUGAAUCAGAGUCAAUUAUCUUGUGCCAAUCUUUAUCAGUGUUCUUGUCGUGAAUUGGAUAAAUUAAUAAGCGUUUGCAGGUUAGUGAUUUGUCAAAAUUAACUCUCAGUUCAGUCAUUUACAAAAUAAUAGUGGUGAUUUACUGAUCAGUUUCAAGUUAUGAGAAUUUUGUUUGUUUGUGUGCAGUAGUUGUUUAGAUAAUUUAUUGUGUGAUUCAAACAGUUUAAUUCAAUAAUGUAAUUGAGUACCCAAACUAAGGUUUAUGGAUUCGACUGUGAGAUACAUAUUUCACUGUGAGAGUGACAACUAAGUGUACUACUUGACUGCUGUAAUCAAAAUAAAUGGAUAUGAAUUCAAAGCUCUAAUUUUCAUGGUUCGUGUUAGACCAUCUCUCACUUUGUAAUACAAGUAAACUGAAUAAAUGAUGCGAGAAAAUGCUGAUAGAUACUUUAAGGUACAGGUGUCAGAACAUCCUGUAGUAACAUUUUUUGGUCCUUUUGGUACUAACGUGUACUGAAACAUUUGUAGCUGCAGUUCCUCUGAGGAUA